AUUAUGAUUUAUGGUUAUUAUAGAUAGGCAAAUAUUUUUUGUUAUGCACGCGUCUAUAAGUAUGUUAACAGUAAGUAGGUAGCAUGUACUCGUACUAGUCGUACAUUGCUUUUAUUUCACAUUCAGUACAUUGUGUACAAUGUAUUCUACAUUUUUGUUUGAUGCGUUAUUGACUUAUAUGAUAUUAAUCCCCUCUUUUGUGGUUUUAAUACUGUCUUUGCUUUGGUGACUCAUCAUUUUAUUAUUCCAUGAGUGUGGAUGUAUGUAGUAUGUUUGUAUGGAUAGCGGAAGAAGAAAUGAACGAAAAUCAACAUGUAUAUCUUUAGAAAUGGUGAGACGAUCGGUAGAAGAAUUGCAAAUGAGACGUGCAGGUGUCAGUGUCAAAAUGAUUGCCGAGCACUUGGUCCGUCGCUUUCCCGUUGAAAAGGACAUUACCUUACUAAGGAAAGAACUCAAAGAGGUACUGGACCACGCAGUUUCUAUUGGAAUGUUAUCGCGCUCAGAAAUGGAUACUUACUGCCUUGGAACUUUUAGACAAAAAGCUUCUAAUUACAAAACGGAUUUGUCUUCAUUUUGGGAGCGAUAUUACAAAAGAAGACCAGGACGUCGGUUAAAGCCUCCACCAAGAAAGAAAGUCGAAAAAAAAAAUUAUGAAAAUUAUUACAGUGACUCAAGCGAUUUUAGUGACUCUGAUUUUAGUGAUUAGUUUUAAUUUAUUUAAAAAUAAUUAAAUUAUUGUUAUUUUUUGACAAUUGAUAAAAAUUAC